AUGGCGUCGUUUAGCGGAGCAGAACGUGCGCUGUGCGUGCGCGAGUAUUAUCGAGAUAACGAUUCUGUGGCCGUAGGAAGGCUUAUUACAAUAUACGCAAUGCAAAACAUGCUCCAAGUGUUCAAACUAUACAGAAAUGGGUACAUAAAUUCGAGGCGACGGGAUCAACGUGAACCACAUUCCAGUCGACCCAGGGCAUCUAGGAAACCUGUGAACGUAGAACGAGUAAGUGAGUCUAUUCAGGAGCAACCUAGACUAUCGACGCGUAAGAGAGCUAGCGUUUUGAAUUUGCCUAGAACAUCUCUAAAUCGCAUUUUACACAAGGACCUACAUCUAUACCCUUAUAAAAUUCAAAUUGUACAGGCUUUGAAGCCCAGUGACCACGUUCAGAGGCUUAAAUUUGUUGAUGAAAUGCUGCAGAAGAUUUCGAGCUUCAAUAACAUUUUAUUCUUAGAUGAAACACAUUUUCUUCUGAAUGGCUUCGUCAAUCGACAAAUUGUGGGUACUGGAGUGACACCAACCCAAAAUUAAAACACGAAAAACCUUUACACUCGCCCAAAGUCACUGUAUGGACAGCAUUAUCAGCUAGAGGAAUUAUCGGUCCUUAUUUUUACGAAGAUGAGAGAGGUCGUCCCCUCACAGUUAACACAGAGCGAUACGUUGCAAUGAUACAGAGCUUUUUUGUACCAGCGUUACAGGACUUCUCUGGCUUCAAUCAAAGAAGCUGGUUUCAACAAGACGGGACACGCCUCAAAUGACUCCUUAGCAGCAAUACGUGAAAUUUUCGGCAAUAAAUUGAUAUCCAAGAGAUGUGACAUUAACUGGCCACCCCGCAGCCCAGAUUUGUCCCCAAUGGACUUUUUUUUGUGUCCAUAA